ACUUUUACAUAAACAAGCAGAGCUCGGAAGCAGUAACUCAACAGUUGCCUGGAACCUAGACUUGCUUGCUGGUCACACUUUGCACAAAGAGACUGCACCCAACUGGAAAGUGUUUGCGGGAAAACAAAUCUUUGCAGAAGGAAUCCUGUGCUGAAGAUAGCCCUUUGCAGGUUCUGAGUGACUCCGCCAUGUUCUCGCUGCUGUUUCUUGCCACCGGCGUGGCCCUUUGUGUAACUGAUGCCCAGCCUAAUGAAGAAAAUGCAUUCCAAGACAUUCAGAAAAAAGUCAACGAUCUGUGGCUGAGUUUGCUCUAUCCGCAGCUAUACGAGGAUAUAGUCGCCUCCAACCGGACUGCUUAUGCCUCCUGCUUGGUGAAACCCAGCCCCAAAGUAGGUGCAGACAAACCACAGGUGACAGGACACGUUCUGUUCAAGCAGGCCUACCCAAAUGGGAAGCCAGAAGCUAUUUUCAACUUGGACGGCUUUCCGGCAGGCACCAACUUAUCCGGGAGAGCGAUUCAUGUCCACCAAUACGGAGACCUCAGCGACGGCUGCGACUCUGCAGGCGGACACUACAACCCUUUCAAAGAAAACCACCCUCGUCACCCUGGGGACUUUGGGAACUUCUACUCUAAGGAAGGCAAGAUUAAAAAAUACAAGGCCAAUCUCGCGGCCACUCUGUUUGGCCCGUACAGCAUCAUAGGGAGAUCGGUUGUGAUCCACGAGCAAGAAGACGACCUGGGGAAAGGGAACAACAAGGCCAGUUUGGAGAACGGCAACGCGGGCAAGCGCCUGGCUUGCUGUGUCAUCGGAACGUGCACCAAAAACCUGUGGGAAAGGCAGUACCCCGAGGUUAAGGAGAAGAGGAAGAAAACGCUCACGACAAGAGAGGCAAGCAGCAGCUCACAUGUCGUUGCUGCUAAACCAUAGGAAAGCCUUUUGGUUCUUUUGAGAAAGUGUAAGAUACGCCUUUUGCUCUGCCAUAGUGCUCCGUUCCGUAAGCAGAUUAAUAAUAAAAAGUAGCAGCAUAUUGUUUAAAGGUUCGGGCUUGCUUCCCCCCCCCCCAAAA